AUGAACAUUGACCACCACUUUCUCUGUCCAAAAAAGCUCCUGAGACUAUGUAACAAAAAGAUUGACAAGGAGGUGAUGAGGAACCUCCAACUCUUAACAGAGAAGUUUUUGUCGGACAUAAUACAUAGAUCUGCAUUAUUGUGCAAGCACAAGGGGAAGAAUAUCGUUGAUAACAGUGAUAUACGGUUUGUUAUUGAAAAGGACUUCGACUAUAGCUUUGGAGGAAGAGAAAUUCAAGGCUCUACAAUCCUACCAACCAGUGAACAUCUAGAAAGAAUGGCGGAAAUUAGCAGGCAAAAUAAAUAA